AUGAGCAAUAUCCCCAAAUCUCUAACCGACGCCGCCUUAUCUCUGUUCGCCCUCGCCAUCUCGGCCUCCGAUCCUUGGCCCUUUUCCUCUGAGGAGGAGCGGCGGCGGUUCGUGAUUCCGGUGGCGUACGUGAACCACCCGUUGUUCGCGCGGCUGCUAGGGGAGGCGGAGGAGGAGUACGGGUUCGAGCAGGAGGGGCCGAUCAACAUCCCGUGCCACGUGGAGGAGUUCUGCCACGUCAAGGGGUUGAUCCGCAGGGAAACGACGACGUCGCACCACCACCACCACGGCGGCGGCGGCCACCACCACCAGUUCCUAUGCUUCAAGGCGUAG